CUCAAAAAUUUCUCCGGCGGUCUGCGUGCAUGGCCGGUAGCGCACAACCAGCAACCGCCGCCGCUGCUGUCCAGCGCCACCGCCGCUCUGUCGACGCGUCGUGACGUACGUAUUCAAUACGUAGCCUAUAUAGAUAUAUAUACAAAAAAUAAAAUAAAAUAAUGACAAAUAUGUACGAGGAGAACCGAAUAUCGACGGCGGUGGGAAUCGACAAAGACAAAAACAGCCAAUCCGCCGUGAAAUGGGCUCUUGAAAAAUUGAGGUUGAAAGAUAACAACAUUCUCCUCGUCCAUGUUAAAAUCCAAAAUGGCUCUGAAUCAAAUGAUAUUCCUAGAGAGGGAAGAGAGCCAACUCCAGCUGAAACACAGCAACUAUUCCUUCCCUUUCGCGGUUUUUGUGCUCGAAAAGGGAUUCGCGUAAAAGAGGUUAUCCUGCAAGGCAACGACGUGUCAACCACGCUCGCGGAGUUCGCCAGGCGGAACACCAUGAUGAAUUUGGUGUUAGGCGCUUCGAGCCGAGGUGCCAUAGCAAGGGCCUUUAAAAAUCCGGAUGUUCCGAGUUCUUUGAUGAAGAUGGCGCCCGAUUUCUGCAGCGUGUACUCCGUCUCAAAGACGAAGGCGCAGAAGCUGAAAACUGCCAACGACAACGGAACUCCCAACAGCACCACAAGCUCUGGCUCGCACGAGGCUCCAAAAUUUCAACCUCAGGACAGCUGGAAAAGCUCCGUCUCUGGCGGCUGUGAUCAGGAUGGCGACAAGCACGGGUUCAACAGCAGAGAGUCUCGUCAGCUCACUGCGAGAGACAGGGGUUUCGGAAGGAUAAAUUCACCUCAACAUUCCAACGAGUCUCUUCAAAGGGGAUCAGAUGCUACUAGCUACGAAUCUAUCGGCGUAGGCAGCAGCUAUUACAGCAGCAGCAAUUUCUCCGGGGCUAGUGCCAAGAAGCUCACCUCCGAUGUAUCGAACGUACUAAGGUCUAUGAAGCACCACAGCCUUCAUCAAGUCCGGACCAGGGACGAGAGCCCAUCCUAUUCCAUGGCUUCUUCUAGUGAUCAUUCGGAUUUGCGUAGUUUCCCUUCGGAAGUCUCGUAUGAACAUCUAGACCAGCCCCGGACGUCCCUGUCACCGAGCUUCUCACAAACAGCGAAUUUUGGCAUUUAUUUUCAGGACGUGGAUGACGAGCUCGGGAGAUUGAAGCGCGAGAUGAAGCGAAUCACAAUGACGUAUAAUGUAGUCUGUCACGAAUCCGAGGCGGCUUCGGUUAAUGAUGGUGACCAUUCUCAAGAGGCUGCAAUGGCCAUGGUUGAGAGGGAGAAGCUGAAGUGCAAGGCCGCGGUGGAGCUAGCACAGACGGCGCAGCGCAUAGCAGAGCUGGAGUCGGAGAAGAGGAAGUCUGCAGAGAAGAAGCUGAGAGCCGAGGCGAAGGAAAAGGACAAGGCGAUCCACGCGCUAGCAAACACCGAGGUUCAAUACAGAAAGUACACGAUGGAAGAGAUCCAAGAGGCGACGAGCUUCUUCGCGGGGACAGAGAAGAUUGGCGAGGGCGGAUACGGCCCUGUCUUCAAGGGGAGCCUCGACCACACGCGCGUCGCCAUCAAGGUUCUCAGGCCGGACAUGUCGCAAGGCGAGAAGCAGUUCCAGAGAGAGGUCGAGGUGCUGAGCCUUAUGAGGCAUCCGAAUAUGGUCAUCCUGUUAGGCGCCUGUCCGGAAUACGGUUGCCUUGUCUACGAGCACAUGGAGAACGGAAGCCUAGAAGACCGGCUAAACUGCUUAAACGGAAGCGCUCCUCUAUCGUGGAGGGAUCGUUUCAGAAUAGCCGUGGAGAUCGCGACCGCCCUGAAUUUUAUGCAUCGGACGAGGCCAGAGCCCCUCGUGCACCGUGACCUCAAGCCGGCCAACAUCCUGCUAGACAGAAACUACGUGAGUAAGAUCAGCGACGUCGGGCUUUCCAGGCUGGUCCCGCCAUCGGUGGCGGAUUCCAUCACGCAAUGCUGCAUGACUGCAGCGGCGGGGACGUUCUGCUACAUAGAUCCGGAGUACCAGCAGACCGGGAUGCUGGGGACUAAGUCGGACGUGUAUUCGUUUGGUGUGGUGUUGUUGCAGAUUCUCACUGCCAAGCCAGCGAUGGGACUGACCUAUGUCGUCGAUAAGGCGAUAGAGAAGGGCAAGUUUGCGGAGGUGCUUGAUCAGACGGUGAAAGACUGGCCCGUCGAGGCUGCCCUCGCCAUGGCGAAAUUGGCCUUGCAAUGCUGUGAACUGAGGAAGAGAGACCGGCCGGAUCUUGAUUCGGUGAUAUUACCCGAUCUGCAUCGGAUAAGAGAGACAAGCUCACAGAUCGAUAAUGAAUACUGAUUCAAUUCAAAUUUGUGAAGCCGGUGAGGAUAGAGAUGGACAUUUUUACCUUUUUGCAGAACCUGAAACUGGUGGAUGAUUCGUAUUAGUUGUUGAAUGCACACUAACAAAUUUUUAAAUCAUCAGAGCU